CAGGACACUUGGGAUAAUUCGCUCUUUCCCCUCCCACCCCACCGCUGCAUCAUCAUCCAAGUACUUCUGGUUGGUGCCGCUCCGCCGGCUGCUCCCGCCCUUGCUUUUGCCUACGCCCUGCCCUUUUCCUCCCUCCCUCUCCUGCCCAUCUGCCUGCCUGCCGAAUACCUGUUUGCCCCGCCAUCUUCCCCCGAGUGCACCGCAGAGCACAAUAAAAUUCUGUGUGCUCGCUCCCCCCACCACCACCUCCACACCCACCCAUCCGUCAACGAGCGCUUUCUUACCGCAGCCAUGUCCCAACCUCAAGGACAAGGCGAAGCCGAGAAGAACAUCGAGAUCUGGAAAGUCAAGAAGCUCAUCAAGAGUCUCGAGGCGGCCCGCGGAAAUGGCACCAGCAUGAUUUCCCUCAUCAUCCCCCCCAAGGAUCAGGUCUCUCGCGCUGCGAAGAUGUUGGCUGAAGAAUUCGGUACUGCCUCCAACAUCAAGUCCCGUGUCAACCGAUUGUCCGUCCUCUCCGCCAUUACCUCGACCCAGCAGCGCCUGAAGUUGUACUCCAAAGUCCCUCCCAACGGUCUCGUCGUAUACUGUGGUGAAAUCAUCACCGCCGAAGGCAAGCCGCGCAAAAUCAACAUCGACUUCGAGCCUUUCAAGCCCAUCAACACCUCGCUGUACCUAUGCGACAACAAAUUCCACACCGAGGCCCUUAGCGAGCUGCUCGAAUCCGACCAGAAAUUCGGCUUCAUCAUCAUGGACGGAAACGGCGCCCUCUUCGGCACUCUCUCUGGAAAUACCCGCGAUAUCGUCCACAAGUUCUCCGUCGAUCUCCCCAAGAAACACGGCCGUGGUGGUCAGUCCGCAUUGCGUUUCGCUCGUCUUCGAGAGGAGAAGCGUCACAAUUACGUGCGCAAGGUCGCCGAGUUGGCGGUACAGAACUUCAUCACCAACGACAAGGUCAAUGUCGCCGGUCUUAUCCUGGCAGGUUCCGCCGAUUUCAAGAACGAUUUGAACCAGUCCGACAUGUUCGAUGGACGUUUGCAGACCAAAGUUAUCAAAGUUGUCGAUGUUUCUUACGGUGGCGAGAACGGCUUCAACCAGGCUAUUGAACUCUCAUCCGAGACGCUCAGCAAUGUCAAAUUUAUCCAAGAGAAGAAACUCAUCAACAGGUACUUUGAUGAAAUCUCCCAGGAUUCCGGCAAGGUCUGUUAUGGUAUCGACGACACUUUGAAAGCCAUGGAUGCGGGUGCUGCUGAAAUCCUCAUCGUGUAUGAGAACCUGGACAUGACCCGCUGGGUCCUAAAAACAUCCGAAGGUACCGAAACUAUCCUGCACACCACCAAAGCCCAGGAAUCGAACCGCGCUCUCUUCAUGGAUAAAGACUCCGGCCAAGAGAUGGAAAUCAUUGAUCAAAUGUCCUUCCUGGAGUGGUUGGCUGAAAAGUACCGCGACUUUGGUGCACAGCUCGAAUUCGUUUCAGACCGCUCCUCUGAGGGUAAUCAGUUCGUCAAGGGCUUUGGUGGAAUCGGCGCCAUCCUUCGCUACAAGCUCAAUUUCGAGCAACUUGCCGAUUACGAUGACGAAGACGAAUUCUACGAUGAUUGA